AUGGGCUGCGGCCGGCUUUAUCUGCUGGAGAUGCAACAUCACGAGGGCCCAGAUGAAAGAUUUUACUUCCGAAGCUCACUUCAGCUGCCGGUGAGUGCAGCCUUGACUUCAAUGGAGUUUCUGGUCCGACAGCGAGCAGAAGGGAAAAUGAUAUCAGCUAUCUUUAGUAUCCCACUCUUCGGCCCGCAGAACUGCAAGAUCGACUUUUUACAUGUGUGCGAUCUGGGAACCACCAGCGAUUUUCUGGGGAGCUUACUGUACUUCAUCAUGGAGUUCGUUGUGUCCGGCAAUUCUCGCCGGGACAAGUGUGUUACAAUUUUCCGUGAGAUCGAUGCCUUUUACAAAGCCAACAACUCUGAGAAUCGCUUACCCAAGCUCGUACCAACGAUGCUUCGGGCUGAGUUGCGGGGCAAAUUGAAAUCACCGAAACUUCGUGCCAAGGCUGGAGAGGCACGAGUCUUAGUGCCGUGUGCAGUACAACUUGCGGAGAAGUUUCUGGAUGCAUCUGUGCCUGCGCAAAACACGAUGAUCCAU